GAGCUUCGUAUCAUUCUCCUGCAGAUGUUUGGCGAAGAUUUGUUUUAUAUGCUGUAUACCAUGGAUAUUGUCGGGGAAAACUGGUGUAAACAAGCGAGAAGAAUAGCAGAGGGAUUGCUCAGCCCAUAAUAGGAAAGGAAGACAUGGAAGAUUCCUCACGAUGGACAGUGGUGACGGCUGUAGUCUGAAGGACAAUAAAAAGAUGGAUGCCAACACUGUAUGGCAGUGGCGCAUUAUGCAUGUAAAGAAAUAUUCAACAAGUCCAGAACUCUUCCAUUCCAGCAAGAAAAUUGGAUUGGAUUUUAAUGUUGGAUCCAACAUACAGAAAAAAGUGGAUUUACACUUAGUGACAAAUGGUGUCCUACUUGAGGUCUGUGACUUUGCCAAAACAGUAAUCAAGGGUAAAUGGCAAUUUAUCACAAACAUUCUGGAGAACAAUUUUGACCUUGGAUUGAAAAACGAGCAACAGCGGAUGAAGUUUACUGCCAGAAUUCUUCACAAAGUCAAAGACCUGAUCCAAAAACAUCCUAAAGAUAAACACGAGGCUUUUAGUCUCUUUGACACGUCAUCGGAGACAGAAUGUGGCAGCAACAGCGAACAUGGACCAAGCAUGGCAUCUACAGAACACAAGACUAAUAGUGUCCUGGUGGACAUGGAUGGUACUGUUGAAAGACAACAUGAAGAUGUGAAGUGUUCACAAGAACCAAAGACAGAGGAGAUGGCUGGACCACAUGUUGAUGACAAUGAUACUGAAGAUGAAUUUGAGUGUUCAGGGCCUCAGUCGACAGAAGAACUAAAAGAGGAUGUUCUUCCCCUCUCUUUCCCUUGUUGUGAAGAAAUUGGUCUGAGCCUUGAUGUUGACUCAACACAAAGUCUAGACCCAAGUUUGUUGACAAAGGGUGUGAUGUUAGAACUAGUCCACUUCUCUAGAGUUCUGACUGCAUCCUACAGAUCUCUUGUUCUCAGUGUGCUGGAGCAUAAUUUUGAACUUGAUCUUAAAAGUCAACAGGGGAAAAGUGAAGUCUGGUUCAGAGUAUUAGACUUGCUGAAAAGGAGAGAGCAACUCAUUGCUGAGUUUAAUAGUGAACCAUUAUGCUUUCAAACAGCACGGUCCAAGGGGGGAGCCCCUCAAUAUCAGUUUAAGGAAGUGACUGAAAGAAGGCAAUGUGAUUUAGAAAGUAAGCAGGAAAAGAGAGCUCUUUCAACAACAAGUGAACGCAUCACCAAGCGCUGCAGAAGAGAACAAGCUGAGACUAACGUACACUCUCAACACACUGAUUUGUGCACCAGUGAAUCAGCGAAGGAUGAUCACCACUACAUGUGUCCUUUAGACCCGGAUGAAGUCACAGAUUCAGAAAAUGCUGAAAGUGAAGAUGAUUCACAAAAGCCACCAAAGGAAUGUGACAUGGAACAGGAGAUAAUGGAAACAGAGAGCAACAUUUGGAAACUGCGAGCGAAUCUUGUAAAACGGACCCAGAUAUUAAUAGACAAGGAGUACCGCCUGUUCAAAGGGUUAAAGAAGUUUGGCCUAGAAUUCGAUGUUGGAUUUGGCCCAAAGCAGAACUUCAGUAUUGACUCUUUAAAUAAUCGUACUUUGCUUGAAGUUGCUAACUUUGCCUUAUCAAUGAGUUCAUCCCAGCAGGAUACCAUCAUAGAGAUUCUUGAGUACAACUUUGACAUUGGGUUGUGCAGCGAAAGCCAAAGGAAAGCUUUUGCUUGUGAAGUUAUGAAUAGAGUAAGGCAGCUUAAAAAUAGCGAAGAUGCAGUCAAAUUCUCAAAACAGGUUUUUGAACUUCCUGGUCUUGUGUCAUCAGUUAAUAGGACAAAUCAGACCGUGGACAGUGACAGUCCUGAACUCAGCAGCAACUCAAGAACAGAGGAGUGUGAUAUUAUUCCACCGCGUUCCUCUGAUUCACCUGAUGAAACUAAAGAACAUGGCGUAGACCUUUAUCCCUUCUGCAAGGAAAUUGGUCUGAAGCUACACGUAAAUAACAGUCAACCAAAUAAAAAACUUGCGAUCAACAAACUGACCAAUGGAGCAAUGACCGAAGUGACAAACUUUGCUGAGAAGUUGUGUGGAACUUUUGAAGAGAUUUGCCUUGAUAUCCUCCGACACAACUUUGAUUUUGAUUGUCAAAGGGAAGAUUCCGAACUUGCUAAAACUAUUCUCGCUCGAAUUCAUGUUAUAAUGGAGCAGAGAAAUCGAUUGACCUGUUUAUCAUCCUCCCAGAGAGUAAGGCAUUCAAACGGCUUGUCAGCGAUUGUUGAAGUGGAUUGCCAGAACAACCCACAUUCAGAUGCAUGUAGUACUGGUUCUUUCCAGGGUCCAAUCACAGACCAAAAUGUAGGGAGUUCUGCUGAAACUGAGCAGUUAAAGAACCUCGAUUUAUGGCUGUGGAAACUGCGGACCAAACAAAUACAGCAAAUCCUCUCAGUGCCUCAUGUAGAGCAUUGUCCAUUUUAUUCUUAUUCCAGAUGCAAGAAAUUAGGCAUGGAUUUCAAUGUAGGAUCUGGAUUAAAACUUCAUCUUGAUCCAAAUUUGCUGACUAAUGGCAUCAUGGUUGAACUCAACACUUUUGCUACAGCACUGCUAUCAUCCCAAAAGUAUUUCAUCACAGAGAUACUGGAGUAUAAUUUUCAUCUUGAUUUGAACAAUGAGUUUUAUCGCAGUGCCUUUGCACAGCUGGUUCUGGAUAAAUCCAGAGCGCGGAGUUUAAAAUGUAAUAAACCCAGAAUGUUGCAAAUGCCUUUUGAACUCCCUGACUCAAGAUGCGUAGAAGAAUCUAUAUAUCUAAAAGCAAAAUAUUGCCCCAAAUGUUAUCAAGACAGAAAUGAUAAACUUCAUCAGGGUGAAUCUGACCCUGGCCACAUGCUUCAUCCUCGUCCAGACUCUAUGACCAGCACACACGAGACACCAAAUGAUGUGUCUUCUGCUUUCCAUGCAACAGAGGAGAAAAUAACAAACAGUUACCGUCGCUGCAAGAAAAUAGGUUUAAGCCUCUGUGUGGACAAAGAGCACCCGAAAGACAAACUCGACUUGCACGUAUUGACACGCGGGGCUAUUAAGGAAGUGGCCUUUUUUGCCAGAAGAUUGUGUGGAACAAGAACUAAAAUUAUUAAUGGUAUCCUUGAACACAACUUCAGCUUUGACAUGCAGAACCCAGAUAUAAAUCCUGCAGUGCACUUCCGCAGAAUCGUGGCACUACUUGAUAAAACGCCCACCUGGUUCGAUGAUGUCUUUGUUGUUCAGCCAUGUUCUCCUAGGGAUGCGAGUAAACUUAAGAAGGUGUCUGCCGUGGAGAUAAAUGAAAGAAAGGAAACAACGAAAAAAAGGAUGCUGGCACUGCAAACAAAGAAGGAACAAGCCAUGGUGGCAGCUUCCGUAAAAUCAACGAAAAAUAAGCGGAGUGGAAUCUGCACUCCCCUGUGCACAGAAAUAGGCCUGGACUUAGAAGUGAAAUCAGAAUCAGGAGACAAAGACAAAACAAAGAAAAAACUGGACUUGGCGCUAUUGACUAGGGGUGUAGUGAUGGAGAUCUAUAAAUUUGUAACGGGGAAAUCAGGACAGUAUUUUCCAGGUGUUGUGUAUGACAUCCUUGACUAUAACUUUGACUUAAGCUCACAGCAUUACAGGCGCUGGGAAUUUUCCAUAGCCAUUGCAUCUGAGGUCAAAAAAAUGGUCAAACACCACCGGAAAAAUUUACACAGGGCAAAUGAUAUCUUCAAAUUACCAAUGGUGUUUGAACGCAAGGCAUCAAAAGGACUGGAAUCAAAGAGAAAAUAUGUGAAACGUUCAUAUUCUUCUGUGGAAGAAACAGACAAGACAACAGCAGAAGGAAGUACAGUUGCUGAGCAAGUGAGACACCAUUCAGGUGUCAGUCAUGUCUUUCUUCUUGAUGAAGUCAAACCUAACGAGAAACUUUGGUUUGAAGAUGAGGACUCAAAACCCCCAACAGUUCAUGGGGCACUAAUGCAGAUGACUGAGAGUCCAAUGAGUGCAGGUUGUGACAAACUUCUCCAGGGAAACAUACGAAUUAAAGAGGAGGAAGAUGAUCCACAUUAUGGCAUUAUAAAACCAGAACCAGACUCUGAGGAAAAGUAUUAUCCUCAUCAUUAUGAGGAUGUCAAGUACUUAGUCCAUGGUGAACAUGUGGAAUCCCUCGGAUAUACCAUGGUAACCAUAGGUCCAAAUUCUGAAAGCACCAUAAACAGAGAAUCAGAGACAGAGAAUGUCCAGUAUUACAACCUGAAUGAACCACAAGUACCCGAAGGAUAUGCUAUGCUAGCUGUAUGUCCAAACACUGAGAGUGGUGUGAAAACAGAAUCUUACAGCGAGGGUAUCAAAUAUGUGGUCCCAUAUGAAGCAGCAGGAUCUCCGGAGUAUUCCAUGAUAACCGUGUGUCAGGACACUGAGAGUACAUCGAUCAAAGAAGAGCCUGUUGAGUCAUACCAUUAUGGAGUUGUUUCACACAGAGAAGGUGAAGUGGACAGAUUCUUAAUGAACUAAAUAAUGGUUCAGACAGGAGACAUGUCAGUAAGAAUUCCAGUUUGAAUGAAGUUUCCUUAACUGCUUUUAAAGGGGAAUGCGUUUUUAGUCUUAGUUUAAAUCUGCAGGAAUGUUUACUUUAUGAUGAUAUUUGUACUUAAAAAGCUGAUUGAAUGAAAAAAAAAUGUCUUUACUUGCACUAUAUUGUUCUUUAGUGUCUUUACUGAUCUUAUUCACUGUCAUAUAUCUACUUUUUUUUGAUGUUUUGGUGACUACUUACUGACGAAAACAAAACGAUUGCAAAUGUGUCGCCAUCUCUUGAACCUGUGAUGUAAAUGGAUAAAGUUGUGCUUGAGAUCAUUUUUAUACCCUUAUAAUACAA